CGCGGCCUUUCUUGGAAGAUCGCCAGUUGCAGUUUGCCGUUGCCAUCACCAUGGCGAGUCAAGGUCGCUUCAAGGUGCUCCAGGGCCUCAACGCCUUGUCGUCGGCCGGGAAAAAGUCGACGCUGUACACAGCCGAGACGGCCAAGGGCGCGUUGCAAGGUUUUGCUGCCCACGCCGCCGAGGCCCGCGGCCCGGUGCCGCCGUUCACGGAGGCCUCGGCGCUCGCCAAAGUCAAGGCGGCCGAGAACGGAUGGAACUCGCGCGAUGCCAACAAAGUGGCCCUUGCGUACACGCCCGACACUGUCUGGCGCAACCGCGACCACAUCUUUGUCGGGCGCGACGCCGUCGUUGCGUUCUUGCAAGACAAGUGGGCGCUCGAGACCAACUACAAGCUCGUCAAGCAUCUCUGGUGCCACGACACGAACCGCAUUGCUGUCCGAUUUACGUACGAGUUUCAGCGCGUGGCGGACGGCCAGUGGUUUCGCUGCCACGGCAACGAGCUCUGGCAGUUUGACGACUUUGGCUACAUGCAGCACCGCGACAUGAGCGGCAACGACAUUCCAAUCGACGAAGCCGACCGUCUCUUCCGGGCGUAGCCUAGAACACGAUCGAACCCAUUCGCAAAGAUACAAGUGUUUUUUUCUUCUUGGCCUA